UCAGGUACCUUAUCACAAAAUCAUCGCAUAAAAGUUGCCUUGAGGCGGUUUGCAGUGUAUAUCGCCAAUCUCUUCCUUUUAACUUCCGAUGCGUGGGCUCCAGUUGUCCGUGACACAGAAUUAGAUGUAGAGACCGCUGAUCGCUAUAACUUGAUUCUUUUGGGCAGCCCUCUGGAAAACACUUGGGUUGAACGUUACCAUGGAAAGGUUCCACUGAAGUAUCAGGACAAGACAAUGACAUUGGGUAUGUUUUCCUUCUUUUUUUUGGAGACCUCCCCCUCCCCCUUAUCUAAGAGUCUGGAUGACCGCUCCCCUCCCCUCCCCUCCCCCGCUUAUCUCAAGGUCUGGAUCUGACACUGAAGGGUGUUAACUAAAAACAAAAAAGCCGUUGGGAAAAUGAAGAUUUCUCCAGAAUGCAGUGUUUCGUUUCCAGACCGCGUGCCACAAAAUAGAACGUUUUAUUUUGUUGUUGCAGUCCACCGCCGUGUUUGUAGUUGUUUAGCCUACGAACGCAGACGUAUUUCUGGUCGUCGCUUCUCUCCACCGCAAAUACGUCUGCGUUUGCAGGCAAAUACUUAUUCUCAACAGCCAAUGUCAAAAGUUUAAGUUGAUAUCAAAUUUCAUUUGGAGAAAUAGCGCCAUAGGUAAAUUUCAGUCAGUAGCUUUCAUUCUGUUAAUUCAAAUGGUCAAACUUGAUUUCAAGUAGUUCCAAUUUUGUACAACUUUCAGUAGUAGCAUAAGAAAGCACUGUUAUGUACUAAAUUUUCAGAAUAGUAAUCUUUGAAGGUUAAAGCAUUGCUCAGUAGCUAUCAUUUUAAUGAACGCACUUAAGAAACUCAUUCAUUGGCUCAAAGAAGAAGCAACCCUGACAAUGAGAUAAGUACUUCAAAAGUUAGAACCACCUUGUACAGCAUAGUAAACAGUGCCACAGAAAAGUACUGCUCAGUAUCUUUCAUUUGAAUGGUCUCACCAUAGAAUUUCAUCCACAGACUCAAAAGUUAAAACCACCUUCUACAACAUAAUAAACAGUAUCACAGGAAAGUACUGCUCAGUAGCUUUCAUCUGAAUGGUCACACCAUAGGAUUCCAUCCACAGACUCAAAAGUUAGAACCACCUUUUACAGCAUAAUAAACAGUACCACAGGAAAGAACUGCCUGUUGGCCUUCAUUUGAAUGGUCACACCGUAAGAUUUUAUCCACAGACUCUAAAGUUAGACCACAGAAAUGAACUGCUUUAUAGCUUUCACUUGAAUUGUCAUGUACUUUCCGAUUCAUCUAUGGAAGCAAAUGAGAUUUAUCUCUGCAAACAGCAAUUGAUCAUCGCUAUUUUCCAUGUCAUAGGUCACUGCAACUUCUCCUCACCCCAGACCGGCGCAGUUUUCCUGGCGCCCCACGCGGGCUCCCGUUUGGCGCUUAUCAUAUCCGGGAAUUCCAUCGAGGGAAUCCGGGAUGCCGUGCACCUCGCCUCGCCUACGAUUCCUCCAAUGGCAAGAUCGCCUUUUUCAAAUAUGGUUCCUGAUUACGUCAUUACCGGGCCGUCGUUCCGUGCACAAGGGCCUGGGGGCUACUUAUGCGCCGGGUUCUGGGACAACCGCUGGGGAUAUGGCAGGGAGAUAUCAUCUUGCGUUUGUUAA